AUGUACCGCCCUAAAUUUCCAGUACCUUCCACUCCCCAAUAAACAAACUUACUUUUGGGGGACUGGCUACUGUUUGCUAAAGUCGAUUGUGAAACACAGAAACAAUAACCGCCCACUCUUUGAAGAAUUCAGAGAGAAGGAAAGGAAGAUGUUCAAGAAGGCAGUUGAAGCAAGGUCACACCAAAGACUCUCAGGGGCUGACAGGAAGAAGCUCAAGAGGAAUCUCAAAGACAAAUUUCCCCGAGCUUCCGACUCCGAUAUCGAUUCUUUACUCCCUCCCAAGGUGGAGAUAUCAGUUUCAAAGUUUCAAAAUCGUGUUCAUGUAUAUGGGGUGGAGGGGGGCUUUCCUAUAUUUUUUGAUAUUGAUGGGCGCGGCACAGACAUUUUUCCCACAGUUUAUGCACUCUGGAAGGUCCCUGAGCUCUUGCCUUCUUUCAUGCUGAAAGGGGGUGAGGUUUCCCGAUAUAUCAUUGGAGGGGCGGAUUUGAUGUUCCCUGGUAUCAGCAUACCUGCUGAAGGUCUACCUUCUUUUACAGCAGGAGAAACCUGGGCAGUAAAAGUUCCAGGAAACCCAGCUCCCAUCGCUGUGGGGACUACCACUAUGAGCAGCACUGAAGCGUUAAAAGCCGGGUUGCGAGGAAAGGCUUUAAAGAUUACUCACUAUUAUCGUGACUUACUUUGGGAAUCAGUUGAGGGCCCUUAUGUUCCAAAUGCAGGCUUUUAUGAAGAUGUUGUGUUUGAGGAUCCUACCUUGUCAUCAUCGCAAAUUUCUGAAUCUUAUGCUAGCACAACUGAAGGUUCAAAUGACCAAGAGAAUGGAAGUAAUGAAAAAGAAAUUGGACAACCUGUUGAUGUGGACGUGCACUCUGAACCUAGUUCCACUUCAGAGGCACAGAUCGAGGUUGGGGACGAGAUUGCUAAAGAAAUAACUGCACAUGUAGGUGAUCUGAAGGUAACAGAUAAUCAUUCUGCUGAUCAGUCUAAUGGGGAGGAUCAACAUCCUCUUUCCACUGAGGAUGUGGAUAUGCUUCUGGAAAAAUGCCUUUUGCAAGCAUUGCAUACAACUAUUAAGGAUAAAGACCUUCCUAUGCCUGGCAGCACACUGUGGUCAAACCACGUUCUACCUUGUAGGCCUUCAGGCAUCACACUCGACAUCAAGAAAUCAUCAUACAAGAAAUUAUCAAAGUGGUUACAAGCUAAAUCUUCUACAGGCUUGAUUUCAGUGAAAGAAGAUAAAUACAAAAAGGAGUCUGUAUUGUUAUCGGUUAACCGCAAGCAUUCAGAUUACUCAUCUUUUAAGCCUGAGAAACGAGAAGUGGAGAAAACUGUUCAAACUGGUGUUGCUACUGUCAGUGAAGGGCGGUCACUCAAAAUGCUUGAAGUGGCUGAGAUCUAUAAAUCAAGUGUACAUGUCAAUCCCAUACUAGCUUCUGUUGGGGCCGACACAGGAAAGCUUUACAGUGCUUCAGAUGCCACAGAUAUUGUGUUUACAUAUGUUGAAAAAGAAAACCUGGUUAAGCCCUUAGAUAAAUCCAUUGUGGUGUUGGAUCCAAUAUUAUGUGAUGCACUAUUCAAGGGAGCCAUAAAAAAAGGUGCAAUGUACCCAACAGAAAUUCAUAAGAGAGAUUUAGGAGCAGCAUUUGUAAACAGGAUGCAAGCCCAUCACGUUGUGACGAGGGGAAGUGAGUCGGUUGUUCGUAAAGGUGGUCUGAAAACAAUACAGAUAAUGACAGAAAGGCGGCAAGGUAACAAGAAAGUGACCAAAUUAUCAGGUCUGGAAUCCUUUUUGGUGGAUCCUGAAGCUUUGGCAUCAGAGCUACAGAAGAAGUUUGCUUGCAGCACAACGGUGUCUGAACUACCAGGUAAGAAAGGGCAUGAGGUUCUGGUUCAAGGUGGCGUGAUUGAUGAUCUGGCAAAGCAUAUGAUUGAACAAUAUGGAAUCCCAAAGAGAUACAUAGAGGUUCUUGAUAAAACCAGGAGAUGAGAGAGGUACUAUUCUGAAGAGAAGGGAUUCAGAUUGGAAGUGUUGGCGUUUUUUAUUGUUGUGGAGGAAUAAAAGUUGAUUUUUGUACUUUAUUAGAUCUAUUAGAAUAUAUAAAGUCUACUUCUCUGCUGUAACUUUGAGAUUUCAGAUUAUAUCAAUUAAACUUUUUAAGUUUUAUUUCAA